CUGUGCGCAGCCGGCUUAAGCAGGAGCCAUUACGCGCGCAAGUAUGUUAUAACCAAGAUAUUUUGCGUCAAACCAGUCAAACGGUGUGUUUGAAUGUUAUACAAAAUAUCGAUCACUUAAAAACUUCAAUGUUUGCUGACUGAAAUAUGUGAAGUAUGUAUCAAGAUACCUUGCGUCGAAUAGACCACGAGCGAGAAUCGAGAAGCUAAAUGUCACCGGAACGAACUCGUGUAGGAACUGUUAUUCCAUCGAAGACACAACAUUCUUCAACUUGCAACAUCUGUCAUAACAAACUAUCAAUCACAUCGCGAAGUUACUUCGAUAGUUGCAAACCAAUCGCGCAUCUGUUUUGUGUUUCACAAACUUCGAAAACUUCUUGCGAAGGGAGUAUGUUGAAGUAACACAUUACCUCGCAAAUAUGAUGGAGCAAUCUUCCAUUACCACUAGAGCCAGGGCACAGAAAUUGAAUAAUUUGAACGAAAGUAUAACCGAAUCAAAGAGAACACAUAAUAAACAGUCAGUGAGAGGAAAGAGAUAUGUGAACGCAAAAGACGAUUCGGAAGUAUCUGCUAAACAGAGCGCUAGAAAAAAAUCGCACAGUGCAAAAGUAACAGCUGGUAAAUCUAAGAAGAAGAACAUAUCUAGCCGGGAGCUUAACAUGGCCAAAGAAGCAGGAAGUAAAGAUAAAAUUACAGUAGACAAAGAUGAGAGUACAAAUCCCGAAGAUGAGAUAAAAGAAGUGUCAGAAGAUAAGUAUGCAGAUAAUGUUCCUACGAUUGAACUUGUCAACAAUAAUCUUUCUCAGUCGACUGAUUCGAAAGAUUUUAAUAAAACUCCUAAAAGGAUGCGAUAUAAAACCAUCGUGUCAAAGGGAUUGUCUGGUACGGUCACUCCUAAGAGCACACCCAUUAAGCUUAGUCUUACACCACAUAGAUCAACAAAAACGCCAAAAAAAUCACCGAUUUCGUUAAGUUCCCCAAAGACACAUACAGCGUCAGUUUCAAGACUAAUGAAAACUCCGCGAAAAUUGUCUCUUACACCGGAGAAAAAUUCAUGCAAUUAUAGCAAUGACCUCGACGACAAGAAAUUAUGGAGGGGCAAAAAGGAUAAACCCUUGAAAAAAGUAUCUGUACCAAACAAGAAUUCAUCGGUAUCAUCGGUAGUAAAGAAUAAACGUAGUAUAUCUAACGCAAAACUGAAGGAAAUUGUGCAUAGAUUCUCAAAAUCCCCAAAAAUAGUACUGAGAUCUCCAUCAAAAAAAUCGAAGUCACCGAAAUUAAAUUUAUCUGCAUCCAAAAAAAAUCUAUCCAAGAAGCCUCUUGUGAAUAACGUUCAUGAUACUUCACUGAGUCUUGAUAGUACAAAGUCGUUACGUACGACCGUGAAGAAGACUCCUUCGUCUGAAAGUAAAAACGCUCCGCUGAACAAACGUCGACUAUUGAAUGCAAGAUUAAUGAAACUAUUGACGGCCUCGCAGAUGAGAGAUAUAUUAGCAGAACCGAUAGUAUUGCUGAAGAAGCUAUCUCUCGAAAGCAAACAGAAUAUGCUUACGACUUUUGGCAGCGAUCAGUCAAACAAUUCGAUUAAUGCAGAGAGCAGUGCUCAAGUAUCAGGAACAGCUGCAGAGAAUAGAUCGGCAAAAUCAGACAUGUCUGCACAUUUGAAAAACUCUCGUCGAAGUUCUACCGCUAAGAUAACAAAUAGAUCCACUGAUAAACUGUCACCAGGUACUAAACACGGUUCACCGUCGCAAAAAGAAAAACCUUCCACGCCCUUGAUGUCGUCUACCCCAAGAGAGGAGGAGUCGUUGUUACCGCGAGUAAACAUCUUGACAUCUAGUGCAUCCGUCUUUCCAGUGGUAGAUGAUAAAUAUCCUAACAGAAGAUGGAAAUGUACCGAUCAAUCCAGCAUACCCGCUGCACCGUCCCCUAAUAUGAUGAACAAGAGUGCAGCCAUCGAAGAUGUAUCGAAACCUUCUCUAUUGGACGUAGACAUCAGUGAUGCCAGUCAGACUCAUAUUUUGAAUGCCGCGAAAUGGAACACCACUUACGACAUCAACGAAGAAACUCAGCCAGAGAAGGGUCAAAGCAACAAGAGAGACAUCACUUACGAAUUAAAAGAUCCGCAGACACCAGGUUUACGACGUAUGAUCAGAAAACGUACCAUGACGGAUGCAAAUUUAUGCGCUAACGAGAACGUUAGAAAAUCCUGCAGAGUACGCUUUGCAAAUGUAAGACCUGAUGAGAACGGUGCGCACAAUUCAAUUGGGAAGUCGACUGGCCCGUCGUGCAAUAGUAGUAAACAAAAUAAUGUCAGAGUUACGAAUGCAACACACGAAUCGAGAAAGGUCAAAAUUCUAAAAUUCAACCAAGACGCGCGAACUUCUCCGAGAAAUGCGAAAUCAAGUCCGAAGAUAAAUCGAGUCACACCGAAAGGAGGAUUAAACAACAGCCCCAUUGUAAUGAACCUGACAAGCUUUAACAAAAUUCAAGCCCACCAGAAAGUCACACCGAAAAGACCCGGAUCAGUUGAAAAGAAAUCAGGAAAAAAAUCAUCGAUAAAGAAAGUACCAAAUUUUAGAAGAAUACACGAGAAGAUGUUCGCCAAGUCAGAAUCAGUCGUGGAUGCAAAAAAACGUCUGGAUACCAAACAUCUAGAAUUCGUGACGAAAACAGCUUUGUCCGAAGUGGGUUUAAAGAGAGGAGCAAAACUAUUGCCGAGUGAUGCGACCAACGGCACGUACAACAGAUUCGGGUUCAAAUUGAGGAAAGCGGAAGCUACGCAUGUGAUAUUGAAGAAACAAACCGUUUUCUCGAGGCAGAAGCAGCAACAUGAAACGCGGACGGUACUGAAGAGCGUACGGACGAAUCGACGCUUUGAGCUGCAGAUGAAGGCUCGUAAUAUAACUACGAUAUAAAGCGGCUCUUUUUCUUGAUGAUGUAAAUCAUUUUUGGGCAGGCCCUAUUUUCGUGAAUCACAUGAAUCAUGAAAAUACAUUUUCCCUUUUUAAUUUGCACUGAUUUCUUAAGAUUUAGGCUAAGACUGUUCUAAUUAGCAUUCCCUGUGCUAUGAUCUAUCUCGAGUUAAAUCAAUCGGCAUAAUAUCGAAUAAUUCUUUAUGAACGAUGAACUAUCCCUGUGCUUCUGUCUUAAGGGGAAAAACCACAAGUUUAUUUUCCUGUACGCAUAGAAGUAAUUUAUUGUACAGUGUCAGCUCGCGCGGAUAUAAUACAGAAGGUUCAAAGAUUUAUUCUCAUGACAUACAUUUGUAUAGAUAUAUUUUAUUAGUAAUAACUGUGCUUCUUUCUUUUCCUCUUUCUGCUCCUCCUUAAGUAUGGACAAUCUAAGGAGGAAGAAAGCAAAUUUAAUUUACAAACUUGUGCAUUUGUUGGGGAAAAUUUGAAUACAUUUGGAAUUAUUGGAAUCAUUGAAAUCAUUAGUUUGUGCGUCGGGACAAGGGACUGUGUUUGUGACCUGUAACCGGUACUUUUUUUAAGAGUUCCCACACAGAAACAUUAAUUUUUAAGUAUCAAGAAGGUAUAUAGGUGGUCACUCGUCUUAAAAUUGUAUACUCUUAUAGAUAAGUUUUAUUGAGUACAUAAUAUAUAUUAAAUAAUCCACUUUACAUGUAACGGCUCAUAGAUGAUAAUCUCAAGGAGUGUAUAAAUUUACUUUUUAAUUAAUAUUUACAUCAAGUUUCAUCUUUGUACCGAUGACAUUGUAUCGACAGUAUUGUUAAAACGAAAAAAAAAAGAAAAUAAAGUCGCAAAAAGGUCCUCGAUAACUAA